GCGACGUCAUCGCUUGCACAUGUUCGGGUCGACGGCUCAUCGUCGAGGGAUCUAAAAGGAAAAAAAAGAAAGAAGAUAGGUAAAUGCUGAACCGCUGUUUUGCGACAACCUUGUCGAGACCACUUGUAGUCUCAGCUAGCAUCGCAGCAGCACGGCGCCUGAGUACUUCGAUGGCGUGCCAGACAUCGCUUCUGCCCUCAUUUUCAAGAAAUACUGUCUCCGCUAACCCUCAGAAGCAAGGCUUGGUGCUCGGGGUAUAUCAGGAGGACAAGGAUGCAGACUUCAUCCUCACGCCAGCGGCGAAGCAGUUUUCUGGCACCAUCGGCACCAAGUUCACGGACAUGCUUCAGUUGACCAAGGGUGCCUUUAAGAAGGGAGAGACCAGGGUAUUCUAUGGAUUGAAUGAGAAGUACCCCUUCGCCUCUGUCGUCCACCUUGGCCCCAAGCAGCCGGAAGGGGCCCAACUGGAAGACCGUGAUGAGGUGGCCGAAAACGUCCGUGUCGCCAUCUCCGCUGGGGUUCGAGGCCUGCGGUCUGUUGGCGCCACCAGCAUUGAAGUGGACCCCUGUGGCAAUGCGGAAGCGGCGGCCGAGGGAUCCAAUUUGACACUGUUUGCUUACGAAGACCUGAAGAAGAAGGAAUCUCGUAAACCGCCCGUGUCCUUGUCCCUCUUUGGAGGUCACGACGCGCACGGGUGGCAGCGCGGACUGACGAAGUCGGAGGCCCAGAACUUUGCACGGUGGCUGAUGGAAUCUCCGGCCAAUCGCAUGACGCCGACCCGGUUCGCAGACGCCGCUGCUGCGACUUUGGGCAAGAAAGGCGUCACGGUCAUCGCAAGGGACCAGCAGUGGAUCGAGGAGCAGAGUAUGGGGUCCUACCUGAGUGUGACCAGGGGCUCUGAGGAACCGCCGGUGUUCCUCGAGCUGCACUACGAAGGUGCCAAAGGCGAGCAGCAGCCUCUGGUUCUCGUCGGCAAGGGCAUCACCUUUGACAGCGGAGGCAUCUCGCUGAAGCCAUCGGCCAACAUGGACCGCAUGCGCGGGGACAUGGGUGGCGCCGCCUGCGUGGUGGCUGCCUUCUCGGCCGUCGCGUCGCUCGGCAUUCCCAUCAAGAUGGUCGGACUUAUCCCUCUCUGUGAGAACCUGCCAAGUGGGAAAGCAACCAAGCCGGGAGACGUGGUGACUGCCAUGAACGGAACCACCAUACAGGUCGACAACACUGAUGCAGAGGGACGUCUUGUCCUGGCCGACGCGCUCUGCUACUCUGCCACCUUCAACCCGAAGGCCGUGGUAGACCUGGCAACCCUCACCGGUGCCAUGAGUGUAGCACUGGGAGCCGGUGCGGCCGGGGCCUUUUGCACCUCCGACGCCCUCUGGAACCUGUUGCACGAGGCGGGAAAGACCAGCGGCGACCGCCUCUGGCGCAUGCCGCUGUUCGAGUUCUACCGCAAGGGCAUGAUCAAGAGCACCCUGGCUGACAUCAACAAUAUCAGCAAGGCCGGGCCCUCCGGAGGAGCAUGCAGCGCGGCUGCCUUUCUCAAGGAAUUCGUGAAGGCAGAACACUGGGCUCACCUGGACAUUGCCGGUGUCAUGGACAACAAGGACGAAGUUCCCUACCUCGGCGCUGGAAUGGCGGGGCGUCCAGUUCGCACCCUGGUGGAGUUUGUUGAAAGACUGUCGAAGGUGGAGAGCCUUUGAUAGGAACUUGUGUCCCUAGGAAUGCUGAAUUUUUUUUAUCGUUCCUCGGUACCUGAUGUUGGUCAAAACGACGUCUUGUCCUUGGGUUUUUAAGGGUAAUAGGUGGUUAUAUACAUUUGAUAUUGAGAUUUUUGUGCCUUCUUUACUCUCUCUUUCUUUUCGGUAAUAAAAAUAAAUGGUCUUUUUAGGAAUAAUGGUUAAA